UCCACUUGCCGCCCCGGACCAGCUCCGGAGGUGCCAACGCUGUCCCAGCCCCACCCGCGCGGCCUCACCCUCCGGCCCGGCACAUCGGCCGCCUCUCCUGCGCCCUGGACCCCGCUGCCUGCGCCCGGCCCCAGAUGUUAAAGCUCGCAACCGGCGGGAGCAUGGGCCAACCAGAUGUGCUCUGGGCGCAGGGGGCGCGAGCAACCCGCCCUUCCGAUGGGCAGAGCCUCGCCUCCGCCCACCCCGUAGGCGCAGCCGACCCAGAAGAGAUCCCGGCUGCUCCAGCUGUGCUCGGCUUCCGGAAACCUACUCUUCUGCGCUCGUCCUUGCAAAAUUGGAGAUCAGAGAAAGGAGGAAGAAGCUUUAAAAAAUGGCUGCGGCCCCUUUAAGACCUGCCCGUUUCCUUUUCCUUUUCCUCUCUCCGCCCCUUUGCAUCGGAUCGUACCAAAGCACAGAGGGAGAAGAGGGAGCAAAGAACCAUCGGCGCCGAGCCAAAGGAGGAACUGAAGAAGAAAAGGGCAAAAGAAAGGCAGCCUAAAUGAGUAUCUCUUUUUUUCUUUUUUACGAAGGAUAUGACUUCCUGACGGCAAAGAUAAAGGGUUAAGAUUCCGCCCUCCUGAGUCUUCGCCUCCCCUGGAAACAAGGCUAGUUGGGGAUGGCAUCCACUCCUACCAGGAAUGACGAAAAAAAGAGCAGCUGGCUGUCUCAAACUGCGUCCUCCUUGAGUGGAGGGCAGAAGGUUUCAAUAUCUCGUUCUGAGGAAUUCCUGACUCGGAUCAGCAACGAACUUACAGAGGAGGCCUUGUUUAUAGCUGGCUGCCACAUGAAUCCUGUGCCCACUGAGGAAAAGCAGACAAAAGACCAAGGGACUCAGAUAUCCAGUCACGUGCUCUUCACCAUGACUGGAGGCACAGACACCUGCUCUGACAGAGACCAUAUCCACACCAAGGCACACCGGCUAUCCCUUCGUGAUAAGAUGCUCUGUGAGGACCUGCCAGUCCGUACAGUGGUUUCCCCUCCUUCCCAGAUGACACUUGAUUAAGGAUUUCAUCCUGAGCAAACAUCUUUCCCUCAUCCACCUGCCAGCCCCCCAUGAUUUCAGGAGACUUUUUCUUGCUUACCUUCAAAGAAGAACCUGGAAGCCUUUGAAUUGCCCUUUGAAUUGUUGGCAUUGCGGCUAAUCAAAAAUGUUAGGAGAGGGAAUGGGUGAGUAGAUGGGGAGGUAGGUAAAUGGUGAAUGGGUAAAUGUAUGUAUUCAUUGAACAUAUAUUAAGCACUUACUGUGUUCUAGUACUUCUCUAGAGGGUGAAGUAUAGCAGUGAACAAAACAGAAUCCCUACUGGUAAGGAGUUUAAAAGGGGCAGAGUGAGUGAGUAGAUGAAAGAGAGGUGAGUGGGUGGCUGGAUAGAUGGGGGUAGAUGGAUGAGUGAGUGGAAAGGCAGAUGGAGAAUGAUGGAUAGAUAUGCAGAUGGAUGGGUGGAAGGAGAAUGUGGGUGGGUGGGAGAUGGAGAGAUGGAUAGGAAACGGUGGAUGAAUAAAUGGGUGGGUGGUGCAUGGGUUUGAUGGAUGGGUAAAGGAUGGAAAGAUGGUAAGACAUAAGCUUUGGGUCUAAAGAGUCAAAAGCUGUCUUCCAGAGAGUUCUCCCCACAGUUUGACAUUCUAUUAGCCCAAUUCUUUUUGGUGCUGUUCUUGGUCUCUCAUGCCCUCCCCCAUUUUUCCCUCUAGAACAUGCCUCAAAACUCCUCUUUCAAAACUUGUUAAAUACUUCAUUUGGGUGGGGGGAUUCCUGGUCAUGAGCAGUGCCACCCUGGAAGCCAAGGAAAUGUUCUGGAUGCAUCGCACAGAUCUCCAUCUUCAGCCAACAAAGAUACCACCAGGAAGCAAAGGCUUUAAUAAAGUCAUGGGGUUCUUCCCCUUCCCCCCAAUUCA